UUUAUAAACGUCAAAAAUGCAGAAAUGCAUUGUUAUCAGAAUUACGAAUGGCGUCAAUUUAUUUCAAAUGUUGGUUAAUUCGCUCUAGAACCACCAAUUUCGAUCAUAGUAAACAUGGAAUUAAAUGCGAGCAUCAAAAGUGAAAACAGUUUAGACAGUUCGAAUGUUGAUUUCAGCAGCGAUCAAAAACGAAGAAGUUCUUCCCGCUCCAUCAAACGUAAGCGUUUCGACGACGAAAUUGUGGAAUACAGUUUAGGGCUACAACAAGCGCAGAUAAAAAGUAUUGGCCGAUCGCGCACAUCAUCACAAUCACUUCCGUUUGCAACUCCUGCUUUUUCGAACCCAAAUCAAUCCCUUCCUCCGCUGUCAGUCUCUCCGUCGAUUGAGGAAAAGGUAUUACCAAUCCCGGUAACGCAGGCACCUCUGGCACCUGUUACGCAACAACCGAUGUCGCUCCCCCCACCUAUUGUGCCCAAUCCGGCAACGAGUUUAUUCCAACAACUCAAUUCCAAUGCUUCGGUCAAUGAGAAAAAGAAAAGUUUAAAAAACAGCAAGAAGAAUAAAAAGAAGGGUGGAGGUCAAACGCUGGCAACAAAGGACUUAGGUCGUUGGAAACCGGUUGACGAUCUUGCUCUCAUAACUGGAAUUCUGCAGACCAACGAUCUUCGCAUGGUUCAUAGAGGGACAAAGUUUUCGUGUAAAUUUACAAUCCAGGAAAUGCAAGCACGAUGGUACUCAUUGCUCUAUGAAGAAUCCAUUUCGAGAAUCGCAGUUGCUGCUAUGCGAAACCUUCAUCCGGAAGUUGUAGAAAGCAUCCAAAGUAGAGCGCUUUAUUCAGUGGCGGAAGAGGAGCUCAUUGGAUCCAUCAAGUCUAACGCUAAUCCCACCACGGAAACGUUUCAAGAAUUAUUGGACAAAAAUUCUACCGUAUUUUACCAGGCACGAACAGCAAAAGCACUUUUGGCACAUUGGCAAAUGAUGAAGCAGUAUUCUUUGCUUCCUGACCAGUCUGUCCAAUCCUUACCGAAAAGUGAUAACAUUUUAUCUUUCUCCGAUGCGGAAGACCUGAUAAACGACUCGGAACUUGUUGACCAACGAGAUGAUACUUUGGAGAUUGAAUUGGCACUCGCCGAUCGUAAAAGCAAGAAAGAAAUCAGAAGUUUGGAGAAUGAGUUGUCACGUUGGAAUGUGCUAGUGGACACCCUCACCGGCAUUGGACUCUCACCAGAUUUUGACAAUCAGACCUUAGCAGUUCUGCGGGGAAGAUUGGUACGCUUCUUGAUGCGCUCCCGCGAGAUCGUCUUCGGUCGCACCACGAAGGAUGCCACCGUGGAUGUUGAUUUCUCUCUUGAAGGACCAGCCUACAAAGUAUCCCGGAAGCAAGGUACCAUCAAGCUGCGGAGCAACGGGGAUUUCUUCAUCACCAACGAAGGAAAACGACAGCUCUUUAUCGAUGGCUCGCCUGUGAUGUAUGGAAAUAAGACUCGGCUGAAUAACAAUUCCGUUAUUGAGAUAUCCAAUCUAAGAUUCAUCUUCCUCAUUAACCAUGAUCUGAUCAAUGCUAUCCGACACGAAAGUGCUAAAAUGAACAUACCGUUGAAUUGAUAACCAUAUGUUAACCUUUCGAAUGGUAGAAUUAAUCUUACUUUGGAUAAUAACAUGACCGAAUAAUAAAGCACAUACAUUCUACACACGAA